GUACGCUCGAGUGCCCGGCAAAGUCGCCGUAUCGCCCAUACUCGUCGCGUGAGUGCGUGACAUUUAGUAUCGUGAUGAGGGAAGUAACGACAUCAGUUUACGAGUACAAUGAACAUUGAUAAAAAUCAUAUCUGUUCGUAAUAAUUGUUAACACAAUCACAACAAUGAUAUGAAUCGAAUGGCAACAGAGUAACGUAUUACGCCAAUACGCGGUACCGUAGGAUAAUAUGCAUCGGAUAACUACACCAAUAUAAUUUUACUUACUGCUUUUAACAAAUGCGAAUUACACAAACUUAAUUUAGUAACUCAAUUUUAUUUAUUUAUUUUUAUUACUGUAAUACAGAUGUACACCAGUAGUCAGUACAAUUCAAAAUGAUUGAUCCAGAUAUGUUGGAGAAUUUUUCGUUAUUGAUUCCAAGUAAAGAUUUUAAAUCUUGGAAAGGACAUAUAUUGUUAGAUAUGCAUAGUAUUUACAUAGAGAUAUAUUGCCCUGAUAUACCAUUGCUUGACAAUUUAAAAAUUCAAAUCCCAGAAUUGGAAGCUUUCAAUUUUUAUCAAUUUGAUUUGAAUGAAAAAGUAGAAAUAAUUAAACAGAAAACUCAUUCAUUGUCUGAUUUUUUAAAGGAAUUAAUUUCAGUUUUGGUAAAAGUUUGGAAAGAAGAUACUUCUAAAAACCUGCAGAACUUGAGCUAUGUUGAUGAAAAAUUCUAUUCUUUGAUUCAAGAAGUUAAUUUAUAUGGUCAAUAUGUGCAUAAAAUUGAUGAAAAUCUAAAACACAUUACAUUUAACGUAUUAGAUAUGUGUAAGCACAAUCAUUUUAUAAAAAUUUUUAUACCUGAUGAAUAUCCCAUGGUUAAAAAACAACCAUUAUGUUUUGAAACUAUAAUUCCAUCAGUUAGUUCUAACUUAUUUUUAAAGAUGAACACUAUUAUAAACUUAUUUGAAACAUUUAAGAAAGUUGUUUAUGAAUUAAAUAAUUUUUGGAAUGUUCACAAUGAAAUUAUAACAACCUGUAAUACUAUAGGAUCUUAUACUUUUAAAGAUGUUAAUUAUAGAAUACCUAUUGAUAGUCAUGUAUGUGUUGAAGUUGAAGUUGACCCAUUAAAUCCUUUGAACUGUCCUAAAUUUAAUCUUCAUGGUUCUCCAGCUUUUAUUGAGAAAUUUCAAGAAAGAUUAAAUGAAAUCAAUCCAGUUAGUACAUUAUUUUUUGAAGUUAAUCAGAGUUUAGUUUGGAGUACUGAAAACAGUUUCAAAGAAAAUAUUCUAAAUGUAUUUCAAAUUGCUUCUCUUCAAUUACAAUAUGAAGAAGAUAACUCGGAACAUUAUAAUGUAACUGAAAAUGAUUUGAAUUGUUGUUGUAUAUGUUAUGAUCAAUUAGAUACAACUAUAAAAAAACAAACUAAAUCAUGUAAUAAUGAUAAAUGUGACGCAUUGUAUCAUAUGUCAUGUAUUUGUGAGUGGUUACUGAAUUCUGGUAGUACACCAAUGUUUGAACAUUUGCAAGGAAAAUGUCCUCAGUGUGAAGAAGAUAUGCUGGUAGCUCUGGAAAAUUUUGAUUUAAUUAAAACUUGAAUAUAUACUAUAUUAUAUUUGGAAAUAUUUCGGUAAAAAUAUUAAAAAUAGUUUAAACACUUACAUCAUCAAUCAAAAAUCAUGUCACUCGGUAACAGCAAAAACAAAGUUCAUUUAUUUAAGAAUAUUAUGCUAAGGAGUUUUUAAGGAUAUGUACAAAUUUCAAUUGUGAUAUGGUGUUAUAAGUCUUUAAGAUAGUCUAGUCAAGAUAUUUUGAAAAUUAUGUAACAGUUGGAAAAGUUCAAUUAUUCUAAAAUGGCUUUGACUGAGAAAUUGAAAAACUUUUGAAAUCAUUAAGUAUGGCACAAAUAUCAGCAAAAUUAAAAAAAAAAAAUAGUUCUACCUUCCCAGAUACUGUAUAGAAAAUGCAUUUUUGUUUAAUUUUAAUUUAAUUUGUAAACACUGAUUGAUAUUAAA